UGUAAUCUAAUCGUUUCGUCAUUCAUCAAUCAAUCAUGAGAACAAAGGUUUUUCAAAACUUAUCUUUCUCUCCAAAAUUGUAUACUUAGUUUACAGCCAGGUCUGGUCUGCAAAAUGAAUGGAAUUAUUGCAGGAAUUUUUCUGGCCAUCGUCGUCUCAUCUGUUGAUUGCUACAAUUACUCCGAAGUGAUUGAAAAGUCGUUGCUUUUCUAUGAAGCCCAACGAUCGGGAAGACUACCUGCCAGUAACCGCAUUCCAUGGAGAGGAGACUCCAUGUUAGAUGACUGGGAUGGUGACGUUGAUUUAACUGGUGGAUAUUUUGAUGCUGGAGAUCACAUCAAGUUUAAUUUUCCAUUGGCAUGGGCAAUGACCACACUUGCAAUGGGUGGAAUCGAUUUUAAACAGGGAUAUCAGUCCGCUGGACAAUUCGACUAUCUCUUAGAUGCAGUGAAGUGGGGUGCUGAUUAUUUUCUGAAAUGCCAUACAGGUGAAACCGAACUGUAUGUUCAAGUUGGAGACCCCAGUGUAGACCAUAAUUUGUGGGACGCGCCAGAACGAUGGAAAGAUCCUCGUCCAGCUCAUAAAAUUACAGCCGAAAAACCUGGCUCUGAUAUAGCUGGAGAAACAUCAUCGCUAUUUUCUGCAGCGUCUAUACUGUUCCGCGGUGUGAAUGACACAUACAGUGAAGUGCUGUUGGAACAUGCCAAGUCCCUAUAUGAGUUUGCAAAGACUUACCGGGGCAAAUACAGUGACAGUGUCACGGAAGCGACACCGUACUAUGUAUCGAAUGACUUUGCUGAUGAACUUGUUUGGGCUGCUUCGUGGCUGUAUAGAGCAACUGGCGACAGCAGUUAUCGAGUCGACGCGGACAAUUUCUGCGAUGAAUAUGGUUUGCAGGAGACUAAUGGAUUCAGUUGGGAUGCCAAAAUAUCUGGAGCCGAUGUAAAUUUAUAUCAAAUGACACGGGAAGAGCGCUAUGCCGAAAGACUAAUUUCUUUCUGUGACGAAUUCGUUGACGACACUCCUCGCACACCAAAAGGUCUAGUUUUUAUUUUCCAUUGGGGCUCACUUCGAGCGGUUUCAAAUGUCAUCUUUAUUUGCCUACAAGCAGCAAGAUUGGGCAUUAAUGAACAGAAAUAUCGAGACUUUGCCGUCGACCAAAUUGAUUUAAUGCUGGGCGGAUGGGGUCGGUCAUUUGUUUGUGGUUUUGGUGAUGAUGCACCGAUUCGACCUCACCAUCGAUCAUCCUCAUGUCCAAAUCCACCAGAUGCGUGUGGAUGGGCCUUCUUCAAUUCGGAUGCACCGAAUACCCACAUUUUGUAUGGAGCACUCGUUGGCGGACCAAAUUUACAAGAUGAAUAUGAGGACGUACGAAAUGAUGCCGAGCGAAACGAAGUAGCUGUCGACUACAAUGCGGCUUUUCAAGGUGCUAUCGCUGCACUGGAACAAUUUUCCGGAGUGGGUUAUUUACACUUAGAUUACCAAGUUGUGCUAUUGUUAGGAGUAGCUCAUGGAAUAAUUAAACUUUUCGCCAGUGGCUAUUGAUGGGAGAGGAGAGACAAAGAACUCAGGUAUCAAAGAGGCUAUUUGCUUGUGAAUAAGAAUA